UCGCGAGAGACCGGCCCGUGAUCUCGUCGCUCUCCCUCCCUCUCUGGCCUCCCGGGCUCUGGCUGCAGCGUCAGCCUCGGUCCAGCCUUGGUCCGUCUUCGACUGCCGCGGUCUAUCGGCUUCAGCCCCGGCGCCCUUUGGCGCCCUUCGGCCCCAGUCCUCAGCGCCGCCCAUCCUUGCCACCCGGGCACAGGCCUAGGCCGAGGCCGCAGCCCCGGGCUCGCGUCGGCGCCGCCCGCUCCCGGCCCGCCCCCUAUGGGCCCCGGAUAGAGGUGCCGCCGCCGCCGGCCCGCGGAGCCCCGAUGCUGGCCCGGAGGAAGCCGGUGCUGCCGGCGCUCACCAUCAACCCCGCCAUCGCCGAGGGCCCGUCCCCCACCAGCGAGGGCGCCUCCGAAGCAAACUUGGUGGACCUCCAGAAGAAGCUGGAGGAGCUAGAACUCGACGAGCAACAGAAGAAGCGGCUGGAAGCCUUCCUCACCCAGAAGGCCAAGGUCGGGGAGCUCAAGGAUGAUGACUUUGAAAGGAUCUCAGAGCUGGGAGCCGGGAACGGUGGGGUGGUCACCAAGGUCCAGCACAGACCUUCGGGCCUCAUCAUGGCAAGAAAGCUGAUCCACCUGGAGAUCAAGCCGGCCAUCCGGAACCAGAUCAUCCGCGAGCUGCAGGUGCUGCACGAGUGCAACUCCCCGUACAUUGUGGGCUUCUACGGGGCCUUCUACAGCGACGGGGAGAUCAGCAUCUGCAUGGAGCACAUGGAUGGUGGCUCUCUGGACCAGGUGUUGAAAGAAGCCAAGAGAAUUCCGGAAGAGAUCCUGGGGAAGGUCAGCAUCGCGGUUCUGCGGGGCCUGGCGUAUCUCCGGGAAAAGCACCAGAUCAUGCACCGAGACGUGAAGCCAUCGAACAUCCUCGUCAACUCCAGAGGGGAGAUCAAGCUGUGCGAUUUUGGGGUUAGCGGGCAGCUCAUCGACUCCAUGGCCAACUCCUUCGUGGGCACGCGGUCCUACAUGUCGCCAGAGCGGCUGCAAGGCACUCACUACUCGGUGCAGUCGGACAUCUGGAGCAUGGGCCUGUCCCUGGUGGAGCUGUCCAUCGGAAGGUACCCCAUCCCCCCGCCAGACGCCAAGGAGCUGGAGGCGAUAUUUGGCCGGCCCAUGGUCGACGGUGCAGAAGGAGAGCCUCACGGCAUCUCACCACGGCCGAGACCCCCUGGACGCCCCAUCAGCGGUCAUGGGGUGGACAGCCGGCCGGCCAUGGCUAUCUUCGAGCUGCUGGACUACAUCGUGAAUGAGCCUCCUCCCAAGCUGCCCAGCGGCGUUUUCACCCAGGACUUCCAGGAGUUUGUAAAUAAAUGCCUAAUUAAGAACCCAGCAGAGCGAGCGGAUCUGAAGAUGCUCAUGAACCAUGCCUUCAUCAAACGGUCGGAGGUAGAAGAAGUGGAUUUCGCCGGCUGGUUGUGUAAAACAUUGCGGCUGAACCAGCCCAGCACGCCCACGCGCAGCGCCGCUGUGUGACGGUCCUGCACAGGACCGGCUCCUCCUCUCCCGCCUCCUCCUGCCGCGCCCUCCGUGGAGACCCACGCGCAUUGGGAAGGGCGCCACCUUCGUGCCGUCUUCUCGGAACCUGCUUCCUUAGGUUUAAAGAAAAAACCAAAACAAAACCGGGAAAGAAAAAGCAAACGUGCCCCUUGUGCUUCUUGUUCCUCGCCCUUUGGGCGUCAGCCCUGGCCAGCCUAGGGCGGUCUCUCCCGCAAGGGUGGCCCUGACCCGCGAGAGAUGGGGAGCCACUGGGAGCUGGCUUUGCUCCUUUCCAAGGGGUGAAGCCUCGGAGGGACCCCAACGUUGGCACCUUUCACCAGAAGGGGGGUUGCUGCCCUAGGUUUCAAGUUUUCCCCCUGGCCUGACACCUGCCCCUGUGAGGUGGUCCUCCAGGCACCACCUCCCAGAGAGCAGUCAGCCUGAUGGCCGUCACGGGGUCCCCUUCCCUCCACCCACCCCCGGCCACUCCUGCCUCUGGUCCCGCAGCCCAUCCUCAGCAGAGCAUGGCCUGCCCCUCAGAGGGACUCUCUCAUCCUCACCCAUGCUUCGUGGAACAGAGACUUCUGACAGCUCGCGGCAACAGGAGCCGACACUCACUCAGCAGAAAGGAAGUGCUGGGUUUCCAAGCUGUCGGUGCGGUUGGAAACCCCAGCAGAUCCUGUAGAUAAGGCCUGCUCCCCCACGCCUGCAGGCCGACAGAUGUGGGCGGGUGGCUUGCUGUCACCUCCACGCGCCCAGCAAAUCAGAAGUGACCGCCCAGGGCACGUCACUCUUGGGCUUUGAACUGUUCAGCUGCAGCUAGUUGGAAAUGAGGCGGCGGGGGUGAGGUCCUAGCUCCCGGUGUCCUCUGGGGUGUCCAGCCAGGCCCCCUGCUGUGGUCUGCACGUUGCCCAAGACCCAAAGCCCAACCUUUCCACCUUUAGGGCUGUGCCACCUCUGAUGGAGAAGGCUGCCUCCAGGCCAAGGGCAGUAGGAAGUGGUGGAGGGCAGGGCCCUCUGAAGAUGAGCUGUGAGCCUCCCCUCUCCCCAAUACUUCCUGAAAGAAGCUGAUACUUAUCUGUGAUAAAUUGCAGGGGAAGGGUUCUCCAAGAGUGAUGGGCCUGGCGCCACUCUGGCCCUGGGGUUGGAGAAGGUGCAGCAGAAGCUGGGGACUUGUGGCCCUGUGGGAACUGUUGGAUCCUUUUCUUCUUAGGGUGACCCUUCCAGUCUGUGUUUUUUUUUUCUGUGGUCACCAAAGAGGAGACAAGCUGGUAGCUCCUUAGACCAGCUUUCCAGGCUUCUGCCUUUUGAGUUACCCCCGCCCAAGACUCACCUGAUUUAGAAAAGAAUAAAAAAGAUAACUCAAA